GCAGGCUCCUGCCCAUUUAGAGGAUCUCUCUAUGCAGACUCGGCAGUCUAACACUGGCUCUCGCGGCAUUAAAAAUCAUCACUCUGCUAACCCAACUCACUGUUCAGACGGCCUUCUUGAAUGCAGCCUUUAUUACAGCCUCACGGCUGCUUCCUCACUGAAGGAAUACCAUGUUUUUAAGUCGGGAGUUCUUCUUUCUCGCUUUAUUGUAACUGAGGGUCUUACAACGACCCGCUACUGUUACAAAGCACAGUGCUUUAUAACAGUAAAGCUUCUGGAAAACCCAAACAAAAGACACGUCACCCGGUGACGUCAGCCUAUAUACAGUUCUGUGUGGUCGCAGCACAUAAGCAAAUCCAUUCUUGUGCCGUUUCUCGGAAAAGCUUUUCAGUAAAUGCACUCAUGCUGCUCCAGGAGCUCUUCUCUGCAACAAGCCGCCCAUCUGCCAUCAACAAGUUAAGACCGAGAGAACUAACAGCUGCGGGAAGGAGAGACUGACGCUUUGAUUAACCAGCUGAGCAGUUAGAGGGCGAAAUUAAUAACUUAUAUUCCAAACUGAUUUAAGGGAUCAGAGUGGUCGCAGAACAUGAAACCAAUGCUUUUGAGAGGAAUAUCCUAAGGAAAAAACAACUCACCCUGGUGGAUUCGAUUUUACUCAGAAAGCCUGGGACACAGAAAACAGGAAACUGGUCCAAGGCUCCAGCAUGUUGGAGCCUUUUACAGACUCACUGCGUUGAGUCUAACAACCACGACUGAAUGCAGCCUCCAAUGUGCUCAGAAGAAUGGGCUUACAUUUCAAGUGGCCAUUAGGGGCCCCUAUGCUGGCAGCAGUAUAUGCAAUGAGUAUGGUUUUAAAAAUGCUGCCUGCCCUGGGAAUGGCGUGUCCACCCAAAUGCCGCUGUGAGAAGCUGCUCUUCUACUGCGACUCUCAGGGCUUCCACUCGGUGCCAAACACCACAGACAAGGGCUCGCUGGGCCUGUCCCUGAGGCACAAUCACAUCACAGAGCUCGAAAGGGAUCAAUUUGCCAGCUUCAGUCAACUUACCUGGCUCCACUUAGACCAUAAUCAAAUUUCAACAGUAAAAGAAGAUGCUUUUCAAGGACUAUAUAAACUUAAGGAAUUAAUCUUAAGUUCCAACAAAAUAUUUUACUUGCCAAACACAACUUUUACCCAACUGAUUAACCUACAAAAUUUGGACCUGUCUUUUAAUCAGUUGUCAUCUCUGCACCCAGAGCUCUUCUAUGGCCUUCGGAAGCUGCAGACCUUGCAUUUACGGUCCAACUCCCUGCGGACUAUCCCAGUACGCCUAUUCUGGGACUGUCGUAGUCUGGAGUUUCUGGAUUUGAGCACAAACCGUUUGCGAAGUUUGGCUCGCAAUGGAUUUGCGGGAUUAAUCAAACUGAGAGAGCUUCACCUAGAGCACAACCAGCUGACGAAGAUUAAUUUUGCUCAUUUCCUACGGCUAAGCAGUCUGCACACGCUCUUCUUACAAUGGAACAAAAUCAGCAACUUGACAUGUGGGAUGGAGUGGACCUGGGGCACUUUAGAAAAGCUAGACCUGUCUGGAAAUGAAAUCAAAGCCAUCGACCUGACAGUGUUUGAAACGAUGCCUAAUCUUAAAAUACUCCUCAUGGAUAACAACAAGUUAAACAGCCUUGAUUCCAAGAUCUUAAACUCCCUGAGAUCCCUCACAACCGUCGGCCUCUCUGGCAAUCUGUGGGAAUGCAGCCCUCGAAUAUGUGCUUUGGCCUCCUGGCUGGGCAGUUUCCAAGGUCGGUGGGAGCAUUCCAUCCUGUGCCACAGUCCCGACCACACCCAAGGAGAGGAUAUACUAGAUGCAGUCCAUGGAUUUCAGCUCUGCUGGAAUUUAUCAACCACUGUCACAGCCAUGGCUACAACUUAUAGAGAUCCAACCACUGAAUAUACAAAAAGAAUAAGCUCAUCAAGUUACCAUGUGGGAGACAAAGAAAUCCCAACUACUGCAGGCAUAGCAGUCACUACUGAGGAACACUUUCCCGAACCAGACAAUGCCAUCUUCACUCAGCGGGUAAUUACGGGAACAAUGGCUUUGUUGUUUUCUUUCUUUUUUAUUAUUUUUAUAGUGUUCAUCUCCAGGAAGUGCUGCCCUCCCACUUUAAGAAGAAUUAGGCAGUGCUCAAUGAUUCAGAACCACAGGCAGCUCCGAUCCCAAACACGACUCCAUAUGUCAAACAUGUCAGACCAAGGACCGUAUAAUGAAUAUGAACCCACCCAUGAAGGACCCUUCAUCAUCAUUAAUGGUUAUGGACAGUGCAAGUGUCAGCAGCUGCCAUACAAAGAAUGUGAAGUAUAAUAUCUACCCAUCAUCAAAAAGUACAUCAGAUAAGUAACCUAUUUUACAUAGUAGGGGCUAAAUAAAUAUCUAAUUUUUACCAAUGGUGACAUUAAGCCUAAUUUUCAGAACCAAGUGGAGACUUAAGUUUUUGAAGUGUUAAAGUGUUUUUAAUUUUUUUUAAUGAAACCAUAUUUUAAGUGUUAAAUGAAGCAAUGCUCACAUUAAUUUGCACUGUUAGAAAAUCUAAAAAUGCUUACUUCAAAAUAAGACAUUUCAUGUAUGUGAUCAUAUACUAUUGAGUGUAAACAUUUACACUAAAGUCUCCAUAUGCUAUUUUUUUCUACUGAAAACAGUUUGGAAAGAAACUACCGAGCAGGAGAAGGUAUGGAUCAAUACUUGUUUGAUCACUGCUUUCCAUUCCAAGUACCACAGCUGGCUUGCUGCUUAAAAGGAGACUUAGUCAAGUUCUCUUGUAUGAUAAUUUGGUAUUUACUCAAAUCUACAAUUUACUGCCAGUGUGGGAAGUAGAAUUUCAUGUAUGCUGAAGACUGGUAAAUAUUAAACACUUUUCUUCCAGAGUUCUUGCCUGGGUUAAUAGAUAUUAUCAAAGUCCACAUCAUGAAAUCAGAACCCUUUAUAUAAUUCUAAUAAGCUAAGUGACUCUUUAUUUCAACAAUGAAUCCAAGUGAUUGUGAAAAGGUCUCAUUACAAUGAAAUCAAUACUAAGUAAUUACACUGACUUUGUAUCUCACAUCUCUAGGUUAACUUAUAAUGGACAUGUUGAUUUUUGUGGCAUUUAGACAAUUAUUUUAAACUAGUAUUAAAUUACCAUUUUACUAAUUAGUUUACUAAACUCUAUAUCUACAUUUGUAUGUGAAAAAAGGUUUAGAACUUAUUUUGGAGAGAAAAGAGUCAACUUAACAGUCCUGUGACCUGCUCCCUCUAGUUGGAAAGCACACACAAAAAUCCCCUCCCCUCUCUCUCAGCUGUCACGAUCAAAGAUGCCUUGACAAAGGGGUUUAAACCCCUUUCUUCUGCCUUUUCCUGAUCUUCAAACCUCAAAGAGCCAAAUUAAGAAUAAUUGGCUAGCAACAGGCAUAACAUGAUAUCCUUCAUUCAAGGCAUAUUUUCUUCCCUGGACUGUACUGAAAACAUGUUAAGACUAUAGUUUAACCCAUGAGAUUCAACUGUAAUUAAAUCUUUUCCUUUUUAAUACCAAGAGAGGGAUGUCUACCUACAUUUCAAAGAAAAUGUGUCUCAGUAAAAAGCAGGCAAGAUCAUGUAUUAUGGUAAAAAUGUGCUCUCUGUAUUUUCAAGGUGGGCAGAUUAGUUUGGCAAAGUCUCAGCCUAGCGGAGCUCAGCUGAUCUUGAGCAGCCAGGAUUUCCUCUCUUGUUAAACCAGCCCCAGGGCCUGCGGGGGCAGGGACAGAGGCUGACUUUCCAGCAUAGAGCACAGCUCACUGCUUCCCUACAGAAGGGCUGGAUCAGGAGCUUCCAUUACAAAUGAGAGCUCCACAAGCUAAAAUUUACCAACUCAUUUAUCAGGGUAACCACGGCCAUUUGUCAGGGGAAAGCUCAGUGACAGUACAACUGUGUCCUGAACACACAAGAUUCCACUAGCCCUGAAGGAGAGCAAAGGAGUAGUUUCCACAUUUCAACCACAACCAAAAUUAAUGGAGACGGAGAGUAGAAGGGUGAAAAGUAUUGGCUGGGUAUCCCCACAUUAAUCCUAGAAAUUACAGUUAGUAAAAUGGACCAUCCAUCAGCAAAAUCCUUAAUGUAUGUAGAAAAUUGGGAAAGCAAGCCAUUUAGUAAUUCAGAAGCACAGCAUAGCUAAGGCCAGCAAGGCAUACUUUCAAGUUGAAAAUGAACUGAUUUUUUUUUUUUUGUCCUCCAUUUUUGGGGGAAUGCUCUCCGAGAAAAGUGAGUAACAUUGCCAAACAGCAUUUUCCUUUUUCAUUAAAGUGCAAACUUCCCUUCUGAAUUGCCUAUAGAAGGCAGGAUUCCAUUUCAUUUUGGUCUGUUUGUGUUUCGGUAUCAGCACAGGUUUGAAGAUGAGACUGUUAGUCGUAUGUGCUCUCUUCACCAGCUGGCGAGGGUGGAAGAGCAUCGCAGCUACACUGCAGAUCCUGCUAAUGCAACGUUAGGGCUUUCGUUUCUCGGUUUACUUUUAUCUCCUUUGGUCUCCUCUCUCCCCCCGCUUCCCUUUUAUUUCAUUUUCAAGGUUAGAGGAAAAUGACCACUGAAUCAAGAACCAGGCAAAUAAUUAAAUCUCUCUGGAAAAAGGAAAGCUAAAAAAGGUUAUGAUUCUGUGCCCACCUAGUAACCAAGAGCUAGUUUGGAAUCAUUUAUAUGCAUUUCUGUAGCUUGCCAGGGAUUUCAAUCACCUUUCUGAAAUGAGAGUGGGCUGAUAGAUUUGCAAAUCCACACACCAACACAGAGAAUACCCGCUGCCAACAUCAAGUAGCAAAGAUACUAAUUUUUUAAGCCAAAAAUCUGCACUAACACAUGUAAUUUCUUAAUGUGCCUAAGUUAAUUUCUGUACCAAUUCAAUGAAUGGAAUUGAUUGAACUUCCCAACUCCACUAAUUAUUAAAAUCCAUCUGCUUAUUCUGAUGCUAGUCACCAAGAGCUAGACUCUAUCUUUCCAAUAAAAAUGAGCCCCAUGCAGUACUAGGUCUGAAUCCUAAAAUUCAAAACAGGCAUAUCAUUUUCUUAAGGCAUACUUCCUACACAGAGCUAUCGGGGGAAAGGGAAAUGUAAAUGCCCUGUUCUCUCCAAAGUGUGGCUAUCGAUAUGAAAUUCUGAAAGAAUAGUUUUAGAAGCUGACUCACAUUACCAUUUUUCUAAUAGAGCAAUACAGUGACAGACCUGUCUCCAAAGUCAGUUGGAGGCACUGCUUUUCAUCUUAUUGGCUCAAGUGCUUCAACCAGAAGAAGAUAAAGGUGAGAAGGCCAUUCAUAGAUAAUUACACAUUUCUGUUCCUAACCUAGGGCAAA